CAAUUGUUUAUUUCAUUUCCAAGUGAAAACAAAUUCAGCAAACAUGGUCUGGGAACAAGCGCCUCCCAACUUCAAGACCUUUUUCCCGGAAAAGUAUAAGGACCGACUGCAGCGCCUUCCCUACCGUGACAAUAUGCGAAAAUCUUGGGAAAUCCACAAGCGGCCCGCACUCAUAAUGCUCCAUGUGUUUGCCGAUGAUUUUGGAGCUCUGGAGAAAUGGGUGGAAAUGGCUUACCAGCUGGCAGCCCCUGAGGAUUUACGCCAGGAGAUGGACUUUUACGUCGAGGACUUGUGGCUGGCGUAUAUCUUCAAUACCAAUGAUUAUAGCUUUUUCCGUAGGGAUGGAGGCUGCUCCGUGGAUUCGCUUCCACUGAUUUACGCCAUAGCUGCGACGGGCGAAGUAUUCUUCUUUGGCGAUUUAGCUGGACCAAAACUGCCCAAACUGAAAAGCCUUAGGGAUUUCUGCGAGCGGGUGAUUAAGAGAAAGGAAAGAAAACCCGUAUGCAUUAAGCCCAAGGUGGAGGAUAUCGACUUGGCCAGCUGGAACGAACUUAUAUACGCCUCCGAUGAAGAUAUAGCGCUGUGUUUCUACAACUCCCUGCAAAAUGGGACAGAGGUUAAUACUAGUCUUAAGAUAAAUCUGGAUCGGCUGGCCGAUAAACUGAAGCAGGAGUCAGUUAGUCUGUUCAAAAUGGAUAUUCGCGGAAUCAGUCCUCCCAAAAAGUUUUGCCUAGAUUCUGUACCCGCCUUAUUCGUCCUGCAAAAAUCCCGAAAACACAUUCCACAGCGGUGCAAAUAUGAGCUGGGCAUAUGGACAAUGCUCAGAUUUGUAGCCGAAAAUUCCAGCCAGGAGCUGCAUUACUACAAUCGUAGGGGUCACCAAAAACUCCAUGCGAAAUUACUUACUCAUAUAAAGGAUUUCUUCGAUUUAAGCGACAGCACGUGAAAGUUUCCAAAGAACACUGAAAACUAUGAAAUAUUUUAAGCUCAGGAAUCAUUAUGUAUUUAAAAUGCAUGCAAGUAUUAGUAUU